AAAUCGCGUUGCGUUCUACUCGCGUGCGGUACAUACAAUUUAUUCUCUCCAGCUUAAGUUGUUCGGAAAUUGGACCUUCAAGAAAAAUUCUUGCCUCUAGGCAUAGGUCUUCCAAUAAAAAAUUCAAAACUGAAAUUUAUUAUUUGUAUAGUUGUUUUUAUUGCGGGUAAUUUUUAAUAUUGUUAAUAAUAUGAAGCGUAAGAAAAUUCUGAAUUGGUUCUUGUGGUUUUUGUGUUUUAAUGAAAUAGCAAUUUACUGUUCGUGUUGGGCCUCUGAUAAUUCUGAAAGUUCCACACAUAUUAAUAAAUUUCAGAGUGCGCUGCAGCAACAGAACAUUGUCACAAUUUUGGGUUCCAUAGAAGAAAGAUUGCGAAAUCUAGAUAAUGUAUACUCCAUGCAACUAUCACAAAAUCUAGAAACUAAACUAGAUCAAUAUAACAGAAAACUGGAAAGUUUAGAUACGAAAAUUAUUAGAUUGGAGGCAUUGAUGAUGCUUAACUUGGGAAAAAUAUCUGAGAAUAUUAGUACUAAAAAUUUCAAAGACGAUUUGACCAAGACUGAUGUUUUCAGAAAAUUAGACUCGAUAUAUGAAGGAAUAAAUCAUAGGUUGAACUAUAUUGAGAGGAAGAUUGAUACCAGUUCUGUAAAACUUCAGGAAACGGUAGAAACUACUGGCAUACGUUUGGAAAAAAUGGAAAGAGAAGCGAUGAAACGCGAUUCUAACUUUGAAAAUGAGUUAUCCAUCACCAUUUCUGGUAUAAAGAAUCUAACAACAAAUUAUAAUAAUUUAGAAAAAAAAAUAGCAAAUGUAACAGAAGACAAUAUGAAUGUAUGUAAACACACUUACACUUUAUUAACGAAAUAUAAUAUUGAAAACAGAAAAUCUAUGAAUAAAUUACACGACAAUAUUAUUGGAAAUCUUCAAUAUGUCGAUAACAAAACUAGUCAACAUGUCAAAAUAUCUGAAGAUACGAACACGUUACUCAAGCAAAUAAGGGUGGAUUUAAAAGAAGAUUUUAACAAUUAUGCAAAUAAAGUUGCUGAUAUGAAUUACGAUACUGAAGAUGGUAUAAAAGGCAUAACAUCAGUGGUCAACGCUACAAAAAUAGAAUUACAAAACGGUUUGCGAUCUUUAAUGAUACAAGUUGGAAAAAUAACUCCUAAAAUCAAUGAAUUCAAUACAGGUACUGAUUAUCAAGAAUUGGAAAAAAAACUAUCAGCAAACUUUGAAAAGAUUCUAACAAAUCAAGAUGUAUUUUUGGAAAGCUGUCACAGGCUACAAAUGGACGAGUCUCAAAUAGAAUCAGAAAUCAGCGUCAUGUUGAAUAAACUCAUUGACAUGUUAGAAAAGAAGUUAGCUACUGAAACGAAGGAUAUUAAAAAUUUUGAAAAGAAUCUGAAAAACCAUGAUAGCAGAAUAAACAGGAACUUAUUGCAAGCAAAUGAGAAUAUAAUAUCUCUUUUUGAGAAAUCCACAGCCAACAGUCAAAUGCUGCUGAAAGAUAUAAGAAAAAUUGGGAAUGAUUUAAAUAUAUUAUCUACUUUAGUUCAAAGUACUGUUAAUGAUGGCUCAGCAACUGUAUCUGCAACAACAACUAAGAUAAUACUAGAUAAACUAAUAUUUUUGGAAAAAUCAACAAAAGAGAUACAGUACAGUGUUUCUAAUAAAAGGGCAGAAAAUGUAUCCAAUCACCAAAUAUAUAAAGAGUUACAGAAAUCAUUCAAAUCAAUAAUAACUACUAUUCAAAAACUUGAAAAUUAUACAAUAGGGUCAUGUGUACAUCAAAAUAAUUUACAUGAUAUGUUUGGAAACAAUUCACAAAAAAAUGUUGAACCAUUAAACUCUUUUGUGCCUGAACAUCCAACUGAUCUUCAAAAUAAUGAAACAGUACGUGAGCUAAUUGCAAGUAUAUUUGGUGAAAAUCCAAAUAGAACCAAUCAAAAACAGAAAAAGAACUGUAAUCAAAAUAUCAAAAAUUUAAUAGAUAUUAGAGCACAUAUAGAAGACUGUUCCGAAAACUCACAAGAUUCUACAAAAGAGAAGAAAAAGAAAUAUGACAUUGAUAUAAGAGGAGAUAUAACUGACAAUGGCAAAGAUGCAACUACAACUGAAGAAGGAAUAAUUUCCACGACCGAGAAAAGUAUUACUGCAACUAUAGAAGAAACAACACAACUGAAUAAUAUUGAAACAACUACCUAAGAUUAAGAAGGUGAUAGGAUUAGUUAUAUAGCUUAGUUUAUAACAAAUCUGAAAUUGUUUUAAGCAUUAUAUUACUUAUUAAUUUACAGCAAAAAUUGAAUACUUUAAUAUAUAGUGAAAUUAUAGCUUCUCCUAAAAAGUUAAUUCAUCUUACCUGCAAGUGUAUAUAACUAUUAUUAUAUUCUCUUACUAUUAUUUUUGUUAAGUUUACACUAACAGAUAUUUAUAAUAAACAGUAUUAUGGA